AUGUUGAUGCAGCAUGAAGUCUUUGGUUGCUCACUGGGGCCUUCCCUUAAACGAAUAGGACGUCAUAAUGUGCUCUCCUAUAUCGAAAGGACGGGAUACUGCACCAAGGAUAACAGCCGCGGUAAGGCACUAUUGGCUAUCCUCUGGCUAGUAUUGUGGACGUUCAUCAUCAUUUAUAAGCUCGCCGAAAAUGCUGGGAUUGAUGCCGUGUCUGCCAUCCAGGCCGCAGCAAGGGGUACGGAUACUCGAAUGCGUUCACCUUCACCAAUCAACUCUGCGAUUUCGAUGUCAAUAACCGGGGCAGGGCAAAUUUUACCUGAUUCUAUGCUUCCCAGGCACCACUCACCGGACGUAUCUGUACUGCUGCACCAGGGUCCAAGUCUCAUUCAUGAUUCGUACCUUGAUACUCUUAACCUGGCAGUGAACACAGAGUUCAAAUUUCUUUGCUGUGAGCUCUGCGAAACGGCCGUACUAGCCAAGCAUGCGAAAAGUCAUGUGAAGAAACAUGGAUUACAUUUUGAUUCAAUCAAAUUUCACGAGGCUAUUUUGAAAGCUGGCGUCCUACCAGACUUACCUAUCAUAUCAUCCAUCAGAUUUCCGAUACAUGGACUAUCCAUCCAAGAUGCCUUUUCAUGCAACCACUGCAGCAAGAUUCUGUUGUCAGUAAGGAAAAUUGGGGAGCAUGUCGCUGGUCAGCACAGAGACGUACCCUCUGCUAGUGCAUGGAGACCUUGUAAAGCGCAGCGUUUCCAAAAAGGAGGUGGACAGCCCGGACAUCAAUUGUUGUGGGAGGUCUCCGGUGACUUUGACGCAGGCGCCACGACUACAGACCAAGUUGUUCUCGACGUCCUGAACAAGAUAGGGAAAGAGUUGGCUGUUACGACCGUGCCUCAGGAUGACCGCAUGGUUAGCCCCUGGUUGCUCACCACUAGGUGGCAUGAGCAUACUUGUGCUCACCCGACUGGGUACCUCCGCGACAUGGUGGCGAUACCUAAGGACAAUGAUGGUGAAGACCUCUCGAAGCUUAAGGACGCAGUGGAAGUAUACUUCCAGGAUGCUCUGGAUCUGUUACCUACCACAGAUGAAAUUACUCUGCAAAGGCUCAAUUCGCCAGAUCCUGUAAAGCUUGGAAUAUCCAACACGCCAUUUCACAAGCAUCAAGAAAAGGAGACCAUGCGACGAUACAUCCUACCUAUCGUAGCCUUGCUUGCAAUGCUGAUACGUAGUGAUGAGUCUAGUGAUUAUCAUAUUCCAAUGCCUCCCGAUUUGCAACAUCUGGUUAUCGCCUUAGACAGCAGCGUGGCCGGAGAUUCCCCAUACCAGUUAUCUGACAUCUCUCUUAUCAUUCAUCAAAUCUUGAUGCACAUCUGGACCACAAAAUGGAAGCGAACCACGGAAAAUCUCAUACCAGAUCCCACGGAACGCUGUCUGGCACUUCUGACACUACAGAAAGAUGGGUCAUUUAAAGAACCGAAGGAUGUCACCGGCAUUAUAGCAAAGGACGAGUACUGCAUCCGACUAGCAUUUCUUGCUGAAAUCAGAAACAGAGUGGCCUUGGGAGAGGCAGAAGACGAAUCAGCUGCUUUUGAUAAGCUACAGCCCCAUCUUACAGAACACAAUCAUUAUACCUUCUCUCGUCUUCGCUCCCUGCAGCAUCGUGCCUCAUCUCUUGCAUACAGCACUGCAGGUCUCCCUCGAAUCUGGUGGACUGAUGCAACCACUUGGCACACUAUGCUUUACAAGGGCAACCACAUUAACCUAGAUGACGUACGCAAGAUGUUGGCCGAUACAGAGGCCAAACUAGUGGAUGCAUGGGAGAACUCUGUGUUGAAGGGCCUGCGUGUCAGGAUUGAUUAUCAUACCAUCGCUGAUGACUUGACCAACAAAGACGUUGGAUACUCCUUCUUAUCUGACCCACGAAACGCAUGCUUUGCCAGAAGAGACCAACUGCUGGACGCAUUCUUUCGCAAUCAAGAUAUAUUCGCCCACUUUGGAGUAGUACGCCAGGGUGAAGUAAUAUGGAAUAAAGGAAAUCUUAGGAAAUGGCUACAAGAUUAUGCCGAUUUCCACAGCCUUCUGCUACUUCGAUGUGAGAUGCUGAGUGGAGCGCCUGGGCGAGGAACGGAACUGACAGCCAUGACGUAUCGCAAUACCAGUACCCGACCAACCCGCAAUCUUGUCAUUCUAGGCAAACACGUAGCCAUGCUUUGCAUCUAUUCAAAGACCGGCGCUCUUACUGGGAAGGACAAGUUGAUACCCCACAGCUUAGAUGCUGUGACGAGCGACAUUCUCAUUCAGGAUCUUGCCCUGGCCAGACCUUUUGCGGAGUUUGCUGCUUCUAUCUGCUUUCUUAACAAGACCCAGGUCAGAGAGCUAUACCGCCAGCAAAUGUUUAUAAAAUUUGAUAGACUAUUCAACUCCAACGACCUAUCCGCCACCAUGACACGUCACAGCCUUGCGCCCCUCAACUAUGGCUUAACAAUCAACUCCUGGAGGCACAUUCAAACUGCCUGGAAGCGGAAAUUUAGGUGUUCAACCGAAGAUCUUCUAGAAGAAGACACCGAGGACACCAUAGAUGCUCUGCAGGCUGGUCAUUCACGGGCCACAGAGAAUCGCAUAUAUGGACUCAGCGUAGAGACUCUAGCAGGCCCAGCUGAAGAUGUGCUGCCAUUGUUUUUGAACGCAAGUACCAUGUGGCAGAUCAAAUGCAAGAGCGUUCCAGGUGGAGAUCUGCGUCCAUAUGCUCAAGCUCGAUCCAAUGAUCACAGUCCCCCCAUGCUGAUGCCAGACGCCCGACAGGGUCGAGGAGCACCAUCAAACAACUCCACACCGGCAAAUGCGGACGAUGUUGCACACAGAGUAAUUGAGCUGCUAACACCAGUUCUUACUAGUACGAUACAGGCAGCUAUCUCCAACGCAGUGGCUAGUGUUCCUAAAGCCACACCGUUUCCAAUCCCCAAAAGUAAAGACAGCUUCCCAGCUUAUCAGCAUCAGUUCCAGGACGAGUCGGAAGAGGAAUAUCCCUCAGAGGCUGAAGUUUGCGUCGACGAAAUCCCAAAUGUGGAGACGAAUAGCAGGGAACCAGAGUCAUUGGCUAUUCCAUCAAACAUCCAGCCGCCGCCAUUCUGUACGCCUGACAUUGGCGUAGAUCGUGCUCUGACUGCCAUGAAAACAAUGUUGCAUGAUCAAGUGGUUGCUUGGGCUUCGGAGCAACAACGCCAAGCAAUGGCUGCAGUACUGGCCCAACAAACCGAUGUGGUGGCUGUUCUUCGUACCGGUGGAGGCAAAUCUAUGCUGGCCAUUAUUCCCAGUAUAUUGGAGAAAGACAGAGGCGCUACAGUUUUGAUACUGCCUUUAAACUCUCUAAUGAUGGAUUUUGAGCGAUGGCUCAAGAGCAUGGGGGUGCCAUUUCAGAUCUACGGCGCCAACCAAGGCAGUCUCAACCCUAGGGAAAACCUCAUUCUGGUCACAGCCGACCAGGCUCGUACGAAAGGCUGGAGAGAAUCCAUAUCCGUUCUCAACCAGCGCAAGCCCAUAGUCCGGUUUGUAUUUGAUGAAUCUCACCUUCCUCUCAUCGCCAAUGACUAUCGGGAGGCCCUACAGCACAUCUACGAGCUUCGCAGCCUAGCCGUACAGAUGGUCCUUCUCACAGCCACUCUGCCGCCCUCUUCUGUUCCCGAUAUCAAGUCAUCUUUUGGCUUGGGAAAGGAUGCCUUGGUGGUCAGACAGUGUACCAAUCGUGAGGAACUGACCUACUUCCUUGAAAAGGUACCGCCCACAGAUCUCAUAUCCAGAGCUGUUGCGAUCUUGGAACUGGAGAGGGCUACUUGGGAGAACCGUGAUAGAGCUCUGGUAUUUGUCCCUACCCUUGCCCUUGGAGAGAGAGUGGCGGAAGAAGUGGACUGUUCCUUUUAUAACGGGAAUAGGCGCAGCAUGACGGACGAGGAUCGGAACUCUGUUUACCAUUCUUGGGUGAGAGGGGACAGCAAAAUCAUGGUCGCCACCAGCGCCUUUAGCACAGGCAAUGACUACCCCAAUGUCCGCCUCGUUAUUCAUCUUGACCGGCCUUGGGAGAUGUUGGAAUUCAUCCAAGGACAGGGAAGGGCUGGUAGAGACGGCUUACCGGCUAAAUGCUAUGCCCUUGUUCCUCCCACAGCAAGCCGUCCCACUGCCCCAGCCCCAGACCACAAAGGCAAGACUGCAAUGUAUGAGCACCUUUACUUGUAUGGUCUGAAGCGGUGCUUGCGAUAUGGGAUUACUUUACACAAUGACGGUAUUGGAAUCAGCUGCUGCUCCCUGAGUUCCAACCAACUCUGCUGCGUGUGCGCUCGCGAUCCUAAUCACAAUCCCACGGACAUACGAAUCGCCCCUGCGCCUAGGCUUAGAUGUGGAUUUAGUGCGCCUUCUCUCCCUCCCUCCAUCACACCAAUACCUGCAGCCUCAUCCAGCUUCCCACCCGCAGAAAAUCCAGGUUUUGUCGAAGCCAUGAAGCGUUCCAAUAAUCUUAGGUCUGAACGAGAGCAGGAGGUGACAGAUCGCGUUCAUAGUAUCCGCAGGGCCCUGGAGUUUCUCAAGCACACUUGCAGUUUCUGUAAAAUCUGGGGCGAUCAGAUAGGGGGUGACCAUGAGCUUAGCCGGUGCCCGCGCCUUUCAAUGUCUCAGCCCAUUGUAUCCUGGGGCCAGUACAUAGAAUGGCGGAGGGAGCUUGUCUACAGCGCCAACCACAAGAAGAUAUGCUACGCCUGCCACAUCCCGCAAAUCAAUGAUGAUAUGCACCGGCAAUUUACCAAAGCAGGAAAGGGACUCACGUGCGAGUUCGCCGACAUCGUGGCCCCCACAGCGUUAGGAAUUUUCCUCCAUCACCCCACGCAACAAGAAGCGGCAGUGCAUUUUCGCCAGACGUUGCUGUGGUCCAGUCUAGCAAAAUUUACGAACUGGCUGGUAGCCGAACCGCGGCCGGGAUCUUACAGCAAUCUUUUCGAUCUUGUUUUGUGGUUCAUAGGCACUAGAGAGGCACAGACAUCGUAG